AUGUCAGGCAAAACCGAAACAGCCACUUACACUCAUGGCCACCAUGCAUCAGUCCUACGCUCCCACAGCACACGGACAGCACUUAACUCCGCCGGAUUUCUUCUCCCAUACCUGAAGCCAGAUAUGAAGAUCCUCGAUAUCGGCUGUGGCCCUGCAACCAUCACUGUGGACCUGGCAGAAUACGUCCCACAGGGCCACGUCACAGGUCUGGAGCGCGUAGGCGACAUCCUACCCCAAGGACAAGCUCUUGCCGAUUCACGAGGCAUCAAGAACAUUGAUUUUGUCGUCGGAGACGGUAACGGUCUUUCAUACCCAGACGAGAGCUUCGACGUCGUGUUUUGUCAUCAGGUGUUACAGCAUGUCGGUGAUCCGAUCGGCAUGCUUCGGGAAAUGAAACGCGUGGCGAAGAAAGGUGGAAUCGUGGCAGCCCGUGAUGCUGAUUACAGUGUUUUCAUGUGGUUCCCUGAAAUUGAUGGACUGAGAGAUUGGCAGAAGUUGUAUGAUCAAGUUGCUCGUUAUAAUGGAGGUGAGCCUAAUGCAGGUCGCUUUUUGCAUUCUUGGGCGCGACAGGCUGGGCUUGAGGAUACGAGACAUACCGUUAGUUCUUGGUCUUAUGGGAAGAAGGAGGAUGUCAAGUGGUGGAGUGAGACCUGGCAGGAGCGUUCUUUGAAGUCUUCGUUCGCCACUACGGCGCUUGAAGGGAAGCUGGCUACCGUUGAGGAUUUGGAGAAGAUUUCAAAGACUUGGAAGCAGUGGGGAGAGGACGUGGACGCUUUGAUCUCGAUUCCAAGUGCUGAAAUUGUUUGCUUUAAGCAUUAG